AUGGGGCUCGCCUUUGCCGGAAGUGGCACUACCGCCAUUAAAUCGGCCUAUAUACUCUACCAUCUCUCGCGACCCGAGAACAAGGCCAUCAAAGUCGAGUUGCGAACAGAGGUACAAUCUACUGGCCAAAGUCACAGUGAGGUCAAGGAUUGCCCAUACCUGAACGCCGUUAUCAAUGAGGCAAUGCGCCUGAACCCAUCACUCAUGGGCGGUCUUCCGAGAAUGCUGACCAGUGCUGUGAUUGUCGACGGUGCUAAUGGUGUUGUCCUGCCUCCAGGGCCGGUCGUUAGGAUGCAGAACUACGUGCACCAAAGGGACCCGUUGGUUUGUUCGGAUCCCCUGACAUAUGAUCCUGAACGAUGGAUUGGCCAACCUCCUUCGAGUGCGCUUGAGAAGGCUCUCACACCGAUCAGCCUGGGUCCCAGAAAUUGCGUCGGGCAGAACUUGGCAAAGACCGAGCUCUUGCUCGCCAUCAGCGCCAUCUUUCGACGCUUAGAUCUGCGACUGAAUGCAAACAUUAGGGAGAGUGAUAUGGGGAUGGAAGACCGACUGUCGAUCUUGCCUAGUUUGUCGGCUCAAGCUAGUCCGUCAGAUAUCAAAUCCGCCACACCCACAGGGAAAGGAGUCCAUGCCAUUAUCGACUGCGUCACGGCGGCGGCUGAGCAUCCUUCGAUAUUCGAAGCGCUGGACCCAGAGGGCCCAAAAAUCUACUCGCAAGUCAUGACCGGCGUGGAGAUUCAAGUGCCCGAUGGAGUCAAGGCGGAGCUUGCGUUUGGUAAAAAUGCUUUGGUCGGAGAAACCGGCCAUACUGUGAUGGCCGCGUUGAAUGUGUUGCUGGAGACUGGCAAAUACAAGGUACCCAUUCCCGUCGAAGUCCUUGGUCAUGGUUUUGAAGUGAUACCACCAGGCCUAGAUCUACUUAUGAAAGGUGUGAGUGGUCUCAAAUAUGCGGUAACGGUUGUAGACAGCUACAAUUCAAGUGACAGGUUGAUAGGUUGA